CGGCACAAAGGAGAAGUAGGAGCUGAGAGAGCGCCCAGCGAAUCCCCCCUCAGGCCGCCGGCAGCAGAGGCCAACUCAGGAAAAGACAGAGAGAAGUGGAUACUGAGUGAGUCAGAGGGAGGUGUGGAGGGGGGGGGGGACGACGACAGGAAACAAAACCCUGAGGACGAACAGCACUGAAGCACAUUCACAUUGUCACACACACUGAGACGGAGCAGCAGCUUCAUUCAACCUUCACGUCUUCAGUUUGUGGUCAAGACUUUGGUGAAGUCUGUAGAGCUGAAUGCAACUUCUACUUUUCUACCUUUAAGGGACCAAAAAAAAAAAAAAAAAAAGGACUGAGUUUUACCCAAAGGAACAAACUGCCAUGUGGACGUCUUUCUAACGGACCUGGAUGACCCUGCGAAUAUGCCAUCGCCGUUGCUUUGGAUGCAGCAACGUUGGACAGAUCCUGCUUUAAAAAAACAAACAAACACUGAUUUAAUAGAGUAAGUAAAGCUCAAACCUGCAAGUUGUGCUUGAGGAAGUCCGGUCAAGACAGAGGGCAAGGGGGAGGGGAGGACACUUAUACUCCAGCCUGGGUCUGUCUCCCUUGGGAGGGGUCUUUAAAACAUGAGGUAACCCCUAAAAUAACUACCGGAACAUUAGCAGAGGGGAUCGUGUUGACCAUGUGCAGCCGUCCACUGUAACAUAUUGGAUAUUUAUGCUAAUUUAUGCUAAUGGCCUGAACUGUCGGAGGGUGGAUGAGUCUGUAAACGCCUCGUGGUGGACUGUUCUGUACUUGUCAUUCAUGGUGGAUUCAUUGUGCUGGGACGCCCCUUCAUUAUAUAGCUAUUACAUAACAGUCUCCCAUCAUCACUCCGGUCCAGCUUUGUCAAAAUGUACAACACGACCCUCACGGGCACAACCGUAGCCCAGCACUGGACUGCGAACUCGUCAAACAACUCCACCUGCGCUAAGAACGAUGAAUUCAAGUACCCACUGUACAGCACGGUCUUCAGCAUCGUGUUCGUGAUAGGACUCAUCACCAAUGUUGUGGCGAUUUACAUAUUCACCUGCUCGCUCAAGCUGAGAAACGAAACCACGACGUACAUGAUCAACCUGGUGGUGUCGGACCUGCUGUUCGUCUUCACGUUGCCUUUGAGGGUCUUCUACUUCAUCAACCGGCAUUGGCCUUUUGGUGGGACGGUCUGCAAGGUCUCCGUCUCGCUGUUUUACACAAACAUGUACGGCAGCAUCCUCUUCCUCACCUGCAUCAGCGUGGAUCGUUUUUUGGCUAUCGUGCAUCCGUUUCGCUCACGGACACUCAGGACCAAACGUAACGCCAAGAUCGUUUGUAUCGCCGUUUGGGUGCUGGUGCUUUCAGGGAGUCUCCCGACUGGGUUUUUGCUCGACAAGCCCUCGCACAAGGACAAUGAGACGAACACUAUAUUCUGUUUUGAGAACUUCUCCUCCAACCAGUGGAAAUCUCAUCUGUCCAAAGUGGUGAUCUUCAUAGAGACAGUGGGCUUCAUUAUUCCCCUACUGCUGAAUUUCUGUUGCUCCAUCAUGGUUCUCCAAACUCUGCGUCGCCCCCAAACCAUCAGCCGCGGGGGGAAACUCAACAAAACUAAAAUCCUACGCAUGAUAAUCGUGCACCUUUCCGUUUUUUGUAUCUGCUUCAUCCCCUAUAACGUAAACUUGAUCUUCUACUCCCUAGUUCGCACUAAAACCUUAAAAGGCUGCUUUGUGGAGUCGGUGGUCAGAACGUUCUACCCCAUUACGCUUUGCAUCGCCGUUUCUAACUGCUGCUUCGACCCCAUCGUUUAUUACUUCACCUCGGAGACCAUCCAGAACUCUAUCAAGAAAAAAUCCGUGGUGGGUCGUGAUGUAAAGUUCUCCGAAGCCCUGCAGUCAGAAACCAGCUCCAACCUGCAGUGCAGCCUACGGAAUCUCAAAGAUAAAGUUUUCCACAAUGAGUCGUCGGUAUGAUGGCAUCCUGGCUACGAACAGCAUGAAAGGUGUUAAGAUCCAUGCUCUCAUUGAAAUACGAACCUCUGUCAGACAAUGGGAAUGGAUGUUUGGCAGCUGCUUUGUGAAGCACCUGCCAAAGGAGUCUUUAUCUCAGGGCAAAUGUUUGAACCUGCCACUGAAACAUAAUUUAAUCUGUGGAUUCAUUUCAAUUACUACUUACUAAUGUCUCUUUCCUGUGGAAUAUAAUGUAAUUGUGUUUCGCACAAUUACUCAGCCGGUGACCUGGAAGGGAAUGUAAUCACUGAGCAGAUGGACAGUUAUUAUACUGAAUGCUACGUGUGCAUGCAUGUCUGUACAUUGCUGUGGUAAGUUGCGGUGCUAACUAUAGAAUAGUAUCUAUUUAAUAAACAUAAAGUUAUAUCAAGCUAUAGAUUGUACAGGGCUUUUAUUGUAAAAUGUAAAAUACAAAUAGGUCACAGAAGUGCCUGUUUUGUUCUCAUGGUGUUUCUUUGUGGUUAUUAUUUGUCAUUUAAUGCAGUGACACAGAACUUCAGACCCUGCACUCAAACCACAGUAAUGAAUAAAAGUCAUGUACUGUCUGAAAACAAAUCAGCUGCAUCUGAAACCUGUCAUUUCAACAACACGUUGCAAUGUUUUGGUUGUCAAUCUUACAAAGAUAAUUUUCAUUUGUUCCAUUGGCAGAUUUUUUUUUAGCUUGAAUUAAGCAACAAAAAAAAAAAUCGACCAAUAGAACAAGUGAAAAUGAUCUUGGUAAGAUUUCUUGAAA